AGAAUGCAGGAGAUGUGGAGAGCACCUUAAAUAUCCUCAAUGUCCUGGAUGAACUUUUGUCUGCUGGUACAGAUCGUCGGAUCCACUACAUGAUCAGUAAAGGUGGCAGCGAGGCCUUGCUUACUGCGCUGGUCAACACCGGCCGCAGUUUCAGCCCCAACUACACCCUUCUGCUGCCGCUGCUGCAUCUGCUGGCUAAAGUUGGACACAGAGAUCGCCGUAUAGGUGUGAAGGCAGAGGACGCUGGAGCUGCGCUGCUGACUCUGAAUCUGCUCAGACACAAUGUCAAACAUGCCAGGAGGGCCGCAGCCUGUCUCUGGGUGAUCCAAGUCUUCUCUUCAUCAGUUUCUACAGCAAACCUAAUAGGAGCAAACCAUGGACUGGAUGUCAUCUAUCACCUCAUCCCCCAGUAUACCACCAAACAUCUGCACGCCAUCAAGGCAGCCAUUGAUGCCUUUGCUGCUCUGCUGUGCACAAAGGCUAAUGUUUGCUUGGUAGUAUCCAAGGGUUACGUCUCUGGCCUCUUGCGGCUUUACGAGGACUGGCACGCCAAGGCAACUCAACAUGCCGCCAUGGCGAUCUGCCACUCGCUGCUGCGCUGCCUCCAUAAGGUCACUCACAGUAAUGCCGGCAAACAGGCCUUCGUAUCCCAGGGAGGCAUCCGACUGCUGUACGUAACGACACAGACAUGUUUGCUAAGUAAAGGCCUGGAGUCUCUGGUGGAGCCCUCUGUGCAGCUGAUGAGAAAGUGUCUUCCUAAAACACCUCUUCCACUGACAUCAGACCGGUCUGCAUACACCUUCCUCAUGCCCGGAAGACCGCAUGCUGUCCCUGAUAUAGAUGUGGAACCAGAUGAGAACAGUGAGGAGAGUGAUGAUGAAGAGGCUGAAGACAACAAAGAUGCAGACUUUGAUGAUGAUUUGGAGACCGACCUGAGCAAACUUCGUCUUCGCCCUGACCCAGACAGACCCAAAGAGCUGCUGCCACAGUACAACCGCCUCUGUCCUGAACUCUCACAUGACUUCCAGGACCUGGAUUUGAGUUCCGAGACAGAGGAGAGUUCAACGGCAUCAUCGUCGUCUUCAUCAGAUGAGGAAGCAGCGCUGCUCAACGGUUUACGGUUUCACAGCUCCAGGAGGGGCGGAGGGAGGAGCGCCGCCAGCAGCGAUUCGUCCACCUCCCCGUCAGGGUCUCAUUCAGAGACAGACCCAGAGGGACACACACCAGCUGCUGCCCAGUUAGAGGCCCGUGAUUUCCACAGUCACAGCAGCAUCCUCAGCACCAGCCCCAGCUUCAGGACCAAGGAUAGAGAGGCAAGGCAGGAGCAGAGCUUCGCCUCGCUUCUCCGCCGGUCCCUGCUGGGAGCCAACACCAAGACUGCGCAGCUGGAGACCCAGGCCGUACUGCUAAGCUCGCUGGAGGGACUGGAGUCACGGGAGAACCGAACCAGAACCAGUACUGCAUUGAGUGUCAAACCCUGCUGCAGUCAAAUGAGAGGUUUUCUAAAGGGAAUCGGGGAUGAAGCCCCCCUAGGUCAGAGAGGAGAAGAUGAGGAUGAUGAGGAGGAAGAUGCAGACAAAUCCCACCAUCGUACCAUGAUAGACAGGUUAUUGGAGAGACAUGGAGCCUGUAUCCUCCACCAUGAGCCCAAGCUGUACCGCGCAGCAGCUGCCAAAACCAAAUCUAUUCCAGGGUUCAGCAUCCUGGCUUUCCCGGACUUCUGGGGGCACCUACCACCGCCAGGACAUGAAUCCAUGGCCCCGCGCAAACCCAACAUACAGAGGCAGAAAGCGUUUGAGGAUGCCCAACGCUUCCUCACUACUGAUGGAAUCAUCAACCAGGUAGUGUUUGACCUGGAAGACAGCAGUCUCCAGUGUCCAUCUGAUUCCUUGAGGUUUUUCUCAAAGUUUGAAUGUGGGAACCUAAGGAAGGCUGUUCAGGUCCGCAGAUAUGAAUAUGACCUCAUACUGAAUGCAGACGCAAACAGUAGCCAGCACACCCAGUGGUUCUACUUUGAAGUCAGUAACAUGGUGGCAGACGUUCCCUACCGUUUUAAUGUCAUCAACUGUGAGAAGAGCAACAGCCAGUUUAACUAUGGAAUGCAGCCCGUGCUGUACUCAGUAAGGGAAGCUCUGGAAGGUAGACCACACUGGGUCAGGACCGGGACUGAAAUUUGUUAUUUCAGAAACCACUUUUGUCCAGCUCGAGGCAGAAGGAGAAUGACCUUUUAUACUCUGACCUUUACCAUCACCUUCAAACACAAUGAGGACGUCUGCUACCUGGCCUACCAUUAUCCCUACACAUACUCUGCUCUGAAGGCUCACCUGAAGGUGCUGCAGAAAUCAGUGGACCCCGCCAAGGUGUUCUUCCAGCAGCAGGUUCUUUGUGGCACUUUGGCUGGAAACCCGUGUCCCGUGGUCACCAUCACUGCCUGUCCUGCCAGCAGGAGCUGGAUAGACAUGCACCAACUCCGUAAUCGUCCCUAUAUCAUGCUAACAGGCCGAGUCCAUCCCGGUGAGUCCAAUGCCAGCUGGGUGAUGAAGGGCACGCUGGAGUUUCUGUGCAGCAGUGACCCGGUGGCCCAGAGUCUGAGGGAGGCCUUUGUCUUCAAGCUCAUCCCCAUGCUCAACCCGGACGGAGUCGUCAACGGCACGAAUCGCUGUGAUCUGAACAGCGAGGAUCUGAAUCGUCAGUGGUGUAAACCCGACCCUGUCCUCAGUCCAACCAUCUACCACACCAAGGGCUUGCUCUAUUACCUUAACAGCGUAGGACGGACUCCAUUGGUUUUUUGUGACUACCACGGCCACUCCAGGAAGAAGAAUGUGUUCCUGUACGGUUGCAGUGUUAAGGAGACUCUCUGGCAGUCUGGCUCUGCCGUUAACACUGUGGGAUUGAAAGAGGACCCAGGAUAUAGGACCAUUCCAAAGACCUUGGAUCGUCUUGCACCAGCCUUUUCUUUCAACAGCUGCAACUAUUUGGUGGAGAAGUCCCGCUCUGCCACGGCUAGGGUGGUUGUCUGGAGGGAAAUGGGCGUCCUGAGAAGUUACACCUUGGAGAGUACUCACAACGGUUGCGACCAGGGAAUAUACAAGGGCCUGCAGACGGGAACCAGGGAGCUGCAGGAGAUGGGCAUGAAGUUCUGCCAUAGUCUGCUGUCCGUGACCAAAGACGUGAAGGGGCUCUACAGCCACAUCGACCUGGACCACAACGUCCUGGACCACAAGUCUCACAACUGUUUCGAAGACGACGAGCCCCCGUGUGUCGAGGAGAUUGAGUAUUCCGCAGACUGUCCCGCACUCGCAGGCGCCGAUCUGGACUCGGACAUCAAUGGCAACACGGCUAGCGCUGACGAAGAGGAGGAGGGCGAUGAAGGAUGCAGGGAAGUGAAACAUCGGCGGGGCAGUGUCGGCCAAUCGCAGCAGUCGAGUGCGAAGGGCCGCCUGUUCCCUCACCUGAUGCGACAGGCCUCCGCCGAGAUGCUUGGCGAGAAAAGAAAUGCGUGCAACGCCGUGAGCGUCAACAGACAAGUCAUGAGUUAAAGGAAUUUUAAAGUCUGCAAUGUUCUACGGCUUUUGUCAGCAUUGUAAGAUUUCCUCGUUGGAACUUAGUAGGUGUGUUUAAAUGAAAAGAAACACCGUGGUAAAUUAUACACAUGAACAAAAGCAAAAUAUUAAAAAAAAAGCUCAUUUUUGGAUCUAGAAUUCAAAUAAAGUGAGGAGCCAAUCACACCGAGAUGCGUCACUAGAAACGCGUCACCUGAAAACCAUUGUUUUCCUAGGGUUUUUUAGACACACAUAAAAGUUUAAAUAUUAUCAACUUUUCAGUUGUUUUUUAAUUGGCUCAGAAGUAUGACACACUUUCCGCACAACUCUAUAAGUCUAUAAUGUGUAAUAGCACAACUCUUUUGCAAAAAGCAGUCAGACCUGCACUCAUAUCGAGGAAAGCCAACUAUGCUUUUUUCUUCUUUUCUUUUUUCAAACUGAGAAACAGAAUAUGGUUUCAAAAAGUCCAGGAUGGAGAUCGGGUUGUAAAUGAUUCAUUAGCAACUGGUCACCGCAGCAGUAUUUUAUGGUGGGUCAGGAUAGUCUUAAUGGUGUGGAUUGGUCUCAUGCAACCAGUAAAUAAACAUGAGUAGAAUGAACCCAUUCCUCUCAGAAACAAACACACUACAUACCUUUUUUGUCAUAAAAAACAAAGUAGCUGACGUUACAGCUGGCAGUUUGUUCUAAAUGUUGAGCAGUAUUAAAAUUUCUUAAUAACUAACCAGUUCACCACCGGCACUUCGGAUGAUCUCUUAUUUCAGAAGAAAAUUAAUUAAAUGGAUUAUUUUUGACAUUUAUACAAUCAUAGCUGGUACUUUGGUUAUUGCAGCUGUGAAAAGCUUGAAAAUCCACUUGCUUGUUUGGAUUGAUAUAUGAGUGUUGGAGUCUUUAGAAAAACAACGGUAUUGAUUGUUGAUGACCUAUGUUUACGUUCAGCACCGAAGCAGGACGUGGUGCAUGGUGUUCCUAUAGGGCAGCAAAAGGUGAGGGUGUGGAUGUGAGGGGCUGGAAAUUAAUAGCUUCAAACCCCGUUUAACUAAAAAACAACAUAUUUCUUAUAAUUGUAUAAACUUGACCAAUGUACCCCUAACGCGCUUCUGAUAAGUCUGGCUAGAAAAACGUAACCAUACUGAACCAAACAGACAGAGAAUCAACCUAUCUUAUUGUUUAGGAAUGAAGAGGUGUUUACUGUAUUUCCAUCAGGGUACCAGGUACAGAGUCUUUCUCACCAUGACCAACACCAACACCCAGAUGAUUGUUUCAUAGGUAAACAAUUUACAAGCUUAUUGGGUAAUGAGCGAGGACCAUUUGGGGUUCCAGCGACAAAGUUUAGCGAAGAGAGUCGUAGAAUGCACUUUUGAGAAACGAUAUAAUGAAUGUUACACACGUUAUAUACCCAGUUAAAGAAGAUAUUCUGGGCAACAAUAUCCUGCAAGCCAUUUUACACACUUCAAACACAAUUCUACAGGAGUAAUAUAAGUAUCUAAAACAAUUACCACAAUAUCACUCUUUUUUCGCCAUUGCUGAGCCGACCACGUAUUCCGGUAGGCGCUAAGAAGAAGCUAAAGGCUAACACGGAAAACCGAAAUAGCAGAAAGCACGCCAAUAACACACAGAUCCCAAGGAUAUCUUCAGAAUUUCUCUCCGUGAAACCAUUACAGAGCUGUGAGCAAACAAGCACCAGAACCACAAACCGCUUUAUCAAUAAAAAUCAUAACUGCACCUCACUGUGAGCUGAAUUUCGUGAAGAGAACGGAUAAAUCCCGGUUAUUUCCAUUCAAAUGUGUUCGACGUAUAUCCUGUUGUGUCUCUGAACUGUUUCCUGAAGAAAGGGGGGGGGUCUACCUGAAGUAGGGGUGAUGGGGGUAGGGAUUUGACUUUCGGCGAAUGGAAUUUUACGCUCCGAUGGCUAACGAUUCUGUCAAUCAAUACCACGUUACUCCCACUCAAUUGUAUGGACUCUGUCGCGUCGAAGGAGGGUCCAUUGACUGAAAUCGACCAAUCAUAGGCUGAGAAAGGCCCACAUACACACAGGGAAACUACAGUCAGAUGAGAAAAUCCCAUGGAUGACAGACAGAAACAGGCUCAGAGAGGAGUCAGGCUCUCACAAUGAAGCCAAACUGCUGUAUUUGGAUAGAUUGAACACUAUUAAUGAUAAAACAAGUGCAAUAU